AUGUUGGGGUUCUUCCGGUUCGAGUUCUCGUUCAGGAUGAUGUCGAUGCCCCCGCGCUUGGCCUGGCCGAUCACGCAGUCGACGUUGCCAAAGUCUACACCGAUGACGGACAUGGUUCUCGAAUAG